CACACUUCCACACCACCAGCCAAGAGAUUGCAGAAACUUUGGCGUUUCUCGAUGUCUGUUUUCUAAGUCGCAGCAGACGCAGAGAGUUGCGAUGUUUGUGGAGUAACGGGAGCCCAGGCAGAGCCCAAUGGCAGCUCCGGAGCUGUACUCGAAGUUUGCUCGAGUCUGGAUCCCAGACACCACAGAGGUGUGGAGAUCAGCAGAUCUCAUCAAAGACUACAAGCCCGGAGACACUGUCCUACAUCUACAGCUGGAGGAUGAGACUGAGUUUGAGUACAAGUUGGACCCAAAGAGUGGUGUUCUGCCUCCUCUUCGUAACCCGGACAUCCUGGUGGGCGAGAACGACCUCACGGCUCUCAGUUACCUCCAUGAACCGGCCGUUCUGCACAACCUCCGGGUCCGAUUCACAGACUCCAAACUCAUCUACACCUACUGCGGAAUCAUUCUGGUUGCCAUCAAUCCAUAUGAAAGUCUUCCAAUAUAUGGAUCAGAUAUCAUCAAUGCUUACAGUGGGCAGAACAUGGGUGAUAUGGACCCACAUAUCUUUGCUGUGUCAGAGGAGGCCUAUAAACAGAUGGCCAGAGAUGAAAAGAACCAGUCCAUCAUCGUGAGUGGAGAAUCUGGUGCAGGGAAGACAGUUUCUGCUAAAUAUGCCAUGCGUUAUUUCGCCACGGUCAGCGGCUCCUCUGCUGAGGCCAGCGUGGAGGAGAAAGUGCUGGCGUCCAGCCCCAUCAUGGAGGCUAUAGGAAAUGCCAAGACAACGAGAAACGACAACAGCAGUCGCUUUGGGAAGUAUAUUGAGAUUGGAUUUGACAGGAAACACCACAUCAUUGGAGCCAACAUGAGGACGUACCUUCUGGAAAAGUCUAGAGUGGUGUUUCAGGCAUGUGAGGAGAGAAACUAUCACAUCUUCUAUCAGCUCUGUGCUUGUGUCCAUUUACCUGAGUUUGAACCUCUCAAGUUAGGUAGCGCUGAUGACUUUCCCUACACUAACCAAGGCAGAAGUCCCAUCAUCGAGGGGGUGAACGACCUGAAGGAGAUGGAAGCCACAAGGAAAGCCUUUUCACUGCUGGGAAUUACUGAGGCACACCAAAUGGGUUUAUUCCAAAUCCUGUCAGCCAUUCUUCAUCUGGGGAAUGUGGAGGUGAAGGAGAGAGGAUCUUCUAGUUGUUGCACCUCUGAUGAAAGCGGCCACCUGGCCGUGUUUUGUGAACUCACUGAGGUGUCGUACGAGUCCAUGGCUCACUGGUUGUGCCAUAAAAAACUCAAGACCGCCACAGAAACCCUAAACAAGCCUGUUACCCAAUUGGAGGCCAUAAACGGCCGUGACGCUCUUGCAAAACACAUUUACGCCAAGCUCUUCUCAUGGAUCGUCGGCCAGGUCAACAAGGCCCUGAGCACUUCCUCCAAACCGCACUCGUUCAUCGGUGUCCUAGACAUCUAUGGGUUUGAGACAUUCGAGGUGAACAGCUUCGAGCAGUUCUGCAUCAACUACGCCAACGAGAAGCUCCAGCAGCAGUUUAACAUGCACGUGUUCAAACUGGAGCAGGAGGAGUACAUGAAGGAGCAGAUACCAUGGACGCUCAUCGAUUUCUACGACAACCAGCCGUGCAUCAACCUGAUCGAGGCCAAGAUGGGCUUGCUAGAUCUUUUAGAUGAAGAAUGCACUAUGCCAAAAGGUUCAGAUGAAUCAUGGGCGCAAAAGCUGUACAACACUCACCUAAAGAAAAGCUCUCACUUUGAGAAGCCGCGCAUGUCUAACAAAGCCUUCAUCAUACUGCACUUUGCAGACAAGGUUGAAUACCAGUGUGAUGGAUUUCUGGAGAAAAAUAAAGACACAGUCAAUGAAGAACAAAUUAAUGUGCUGAAGGCUAGUAAGUUUGCCUUACUGGUUGAGCUCUUCCAGGAUGAGGAAACACCUGCAGCUCUGAGCACCACAGCACCAUCUGGUCGUGCAAAGUUUGGACGGUCCACCCAGUCUUUUAGGGAGCACAAGAAGUCGGUUGGACUGCAGUUCCGGAACUCUCUGCACCUGCUUAUGGACACACUGAACGCCACCACCCCACACUAUGUGCGCUGUGUCAAACCAAAUGAUGUUAAAGCCCCCUUCAUGAUGGACCCCCAUCGAGCCGUUCAGCAGCUCAGAGCGUGUGGAGUCCUCGAGACCAUUCGCAUCUCAGCCACAGGCUUCCCUUCCAGGUGGACUUAUCAAGAGUUCUUCAGUCGCUAUCGUGUUCUAAUGAGGCAGAAAGAAAUCCUCUCAGACAGGAAGUUGACCUGCCAGAGUGUUCUAGAACGGCUUGUGCAGAACAAAGAUAAAUACCAGUUCGGAAAAACAAAGAUCUUCUUCCGGGCUGGACAGGUGGCUUACCUGGAAAAACUGAGGGCAGACAAACUCCGUACGGCCUGCAUCCACAUCCAAAAAACUAUCCGUUGCUGGCUCGCCCGCAAGAAAUACCUGCGUAUUCGCCAAGCAGCCAUUACCUUGCAGAGAUACGCGAGAGGACACCAGGCUCGAUGCUUGUGCAAGACAUUGAGAAGGACGCGGGCCGCAGUGAUCUUCCAGAAGUACACACGCAUGUGGGCAGUCAGACGACAGUUCCUGCGACAGAAAGCAGCAGCGGCUCUCAUUCAGAGGUUAAUGCGCGGCUAUACAGCCAGACUGGAGUACAAACGGUUGGUGUGUGAACACAAGGCUUUACUGAUCCAGCGCUGGGUGCGUGGCUUCCUGGCCCGCUGGCGUUUCCGUCGCAUCAAGCGGGCUGUGGUGUAUCUGCAGUGUUGCGUGCGCAGGAUGCUGGCCCGUCGAGAGCUCAAGAAACUCAAGAUUGAAGCCAGAUCAGUCGAGCACUACAAGAAGCUCAACUUCGGCAUGGAGAACAAGAUCAUGCAGCUGCAGAGGAAACUGGAUGAGCAGCAUAAGGAGAACCGAGAGUUUUCUGAGCAAAUUAGACAAAUGGAGAGCCACAGUGCCACAGAGUUGGAGAAGUUGCACCUGCAGCUCAAGACUCUUCAAGAUGCGGAAGAGGAGUCCCGUCACCGAGGAGACCUGGUGACAUCAUUACAGGAGGAGCUGGAAUUGGUCCGUCAGGAGCUGGAGAAGAACAAAGAGGUUUUAUUUAUUUGUUUUCUUAAAAUGAAUAUAUUUUUUAUUAUUUACUUAGAAUAGUGUGUGAUUUUAAUAUCAUCAUUUAGUGACCAAAAAAAACUCUUGUCACCUCAAAAAGAUGAGAUGAACAGACUGAUCCAGGAACAGGAGCAGCAGAUAAAAGAGAAGUCAGAGUCGACCCAUGAGGAGGCCACAGAGCACCUGCAAGCACAGAUGAAUGAGGAACGCUUCCGUUACCAGAACCUUCUGACCGAGCACCUGAAGCUGGAGGAGCGCUACGCUGAUCUGAGAUCAGAAAAAGAGGCGGCUGAAGAGCUCUCUAAACCUGGUCAUAACAGAGCCGACUCUGGCUACAGCAGCAGCCAAUCAGAGAUCGUCCACAGCUCUGUGCUCACAGGGUCAGAGGUCAGCUCGCUGGAAAGAGAGGAUGCUGGGCAGACGGCAGCUGAUGUGUCCCUGCUGCUGAAGCUGCAGAGGAGAGUCGCUGAGCUGGAGAAGGAGAAGAUGGACCUGCAGGGUGAGAUGGACACCAAAGAAGAGCAGCUACAACUGGAACGAACUAAAGAACUGGAAGAUUGUCGGAGAGUGUUAGGGGCUGAGAGAGACUACGAGGCUCUGAAGCGUCAGGAGCUGGAGUCUGACAAUAAGAAGCUGAAGAAAGAUCUGCAGGAGCUCUGUCAGUCCCUCAGUAAGGGGUCGGGGUCAAAGGUGGCGUCCCCUGGAGGUCAAGCAUAUAACGUGCUCCUCGAACAGCUCGACUCCACCACUGAAGAGCUUGAAAUGCGAAAGGAGGAAGUGCUCAUUUUGCGCUCUCAACUGGUCAACCACGAGGCAUUUAAACAUAAGGAAACAGGAACUGAAGGAGAUUCAGGUGACUCGAGCAGAUCCCCCACACUGGACCUUCAUGAGCUCAAUGAGGAUGGAGAACUCUGGAUGGCUUAUGAGAGCCUGAAGGAAACUAACAGGAUUCUAGAGUCGCAGUUGCAAACUCAGGGACAGUCCCAUGAAAAGGAAGUGGAGGGAUUGAGGGCGGAGCUUCAGCAGUUGAGGGCGGAGCUUGGUCAUCAGCAGCAGAUGCUGUCAGAUAGCUUGGAGCUUCCACAUGAUGCUCGAAUACAAGCAAGCCUGCAGCACGAGAUCAGUCGCCUCACGCAACAAAAUAUGGACCUCUUGGAGCAGAUGGGGAAACAGGACAAAAUGGUCCGCAAACUAAAGAAACACCUGAAAAUAUACAUGAAAAAGUUUGGGGAGGCUGAGGGUGUUCAUAUCGAGCAGUCCCCUCCAGAGAACAUGGUUGGCGAGAGCGGUCGCACGGUCAGCAUCGUUCGCAAAGAGAGGGAUUUCCAAGGCAUGCUGGAGUACAGGAGAGAAGACGAGAGCAAACUGUUCAAGAUACUCAUCACAGAGCUCAAACCCCGAGGUGUGGCGGUGAAUCUGGUCCCAGGUCUGCCUGCUUACAUUCUCUUCAUGUGUCUGCGGCACGCCGACUACGCCGACGAUGACCAGCGGGUCUCCACCCUGCUGAACUCCUCCAUCAACACCAUCAAGAACGUGCUGAAGAAACAUGGAGAUUUUGAAACCAUUUCCUUCUGGUUGGCAAACACAUGCCGCUUCUUACAUUGCCUGAGGCAGUACAGUGGAGAGGAGGCGUACACAAAGCACAACACGCCUCGGCAGAACGAACACUGUCUGACAAACUUUGACCUGUCGGAGUACCAGCAGGUUCUGAGUGAUCUGGCUAUUCAGAUCUACCAGCAGCUCAUCAGGGUCAUAGAAAACAUUUUACACCCCAAGAUUGCACCAGCCAUGCUGGAGCAGGAGACCAUUCAGGGCGUGAUGGGCGUGAAGCCCACAGGAAUGAGGAAGCGCACGUCCAGUGUCUAUGAGGAGCGCUCUCACUCGCUGGAGUCCAUUCUGAAGCAGCUGGAUGUGUUUUAUUACACACUGCUUCAGCACGGCAAUGACACCGAGCUGGUCCGACAGGUCAUCAAACAGCUGUUCUACGCCAUCUGCUCUGUCACGCUCAACAACUUGCUGCUCCGCAAGGACAUGUGCUCCUGGAGUAAAGGCCUGCAGAUCAGGUAUAAUGUAUGUCAGCUGGAGGAGUGGUUGCUGGAUAAAGAUGUUCAGGGCAGUGGAGCGCGUGAGUCUCUGGAGCCUCUGAUUCAGGCGGCUCAGCUUCUGCAGAUCAAAAAGAAGAGCCAGGACGACGCAGAGGCCAUCUGCACCAUGUGUACAGCUCUCACCACUGAACAGAUUGUGAAAAUCCUCAGCUUGUACACACCAGUGAAUGAGUUUGAGGAGAGAGUGUCUAUAUUAUUCAUAAAGUCUGUACAGACUUUAUUAAAGGAUCGUAAGGAGUCUUCUCAGUUACUGAUGGACACUUUAUUAAAGGAUCGUAAGGAGUCUUCUCAGUUACUGAUGGACGCUAAGAUCAUUUUCCCAGUCACCUUCCCCUUCAACCUUUCACCUGUGGCCCUUGAGACCAUCCAGAUCCCCAGCAGCCUCAACCUGAACUUCCUGACACCAGUUUAA